UUUCUAUUGAGCUUUGAAGACAAUGAGACAGCAUCAAGUAAUCGUCUGACAUUGUGUAAGAGCCAGUGAAAAAAUGAAUCUGAGUCAAAUAUGAGUCAGUGAAUCUUUAGAGUUAGUGGAAUUCUGAAUCUCAGUCAUACACACAGUGAGUUCGUGCAUCAUUGUCAUAAAAAAAGGUCUUUGAAUCUGAAUCAUAGAGGCGUUUUAAUGGGUAUGACUGGGUUGGUCUUAGUAUGCUGUAAAUAUCAUAUUUUGACCAAUAGGGGGCGGCAGAAUGCACAUUUAUAAGCUUUAUAUCAACCAUAGACGUUUUCGUGCGUUUUUAUUUUUAAACUCAGUGAAUUAGAUAAAUAUUAUACAAGUUUAAUCAAUGUUCAAUAAUAUAAAUGUAAAUAAUACUAUUAUUUAAAGCACAAAACAAUAAAAGAACAAAAUAAAAGAAACAGGAAAAUGAUCCAAACCUCUAGAGGGCGCCAAGUGUGCUAUUACAUGUACGAUAUUUACUUUAGAAGAAGAAAAAUAAGACGCAUGGUAUAUCAAUAGUUUAAAAUGAUAGUAACAGAUACAGAUGCAUGUGUCGCGUUUACAGUAUGCCUUACAGCAUUUCUUUAUUAUUAAAAUAAUUGCCCGGGCCUGCGGAGAUGAGUCUGAUUGCUCUAGUUAAGUGUCGGAGUGCAGCAGUGCGGCGGUGUGUCCUUCAGUGCAGAAGACUCAGUGAUCAUGCCGAGAAACCGGAUGAAACUCAGCCGGUGGAGGAGAGACGGAGAGCGAGGAAAGCCCCGGGGGAAGUGUCCGUGCUGCUGUUCCCCGGGCAGGGCAGUCAGUUUGUAGGCAUGGCCCGAGGACUGCUUCAGUACAGUAGCGUGAGGGACAUGUUCAGUGUGGCGGAGAAAGUGCUGGGGUACGACCUGCUCUCACUGUGCUUACACGGACCCGAGGAGGAUCUGAUGAAGACUGUGCACUGCCAGCCCGCGGUGUUCGUCACGUCUUUAGCCGCAGUGGAAAGACUUAAUCAUGAAAACCCUGCUGCAAUUGAGAACUGCGUUGCUGCUGCUGGUUUUAGUGUUGGGGAGUUUACUGCUUUGGUAUUCUCUGGCGCCAUGGACUUUGCUGAAGCCCUUUUUGCAGUGAAGGUUAGGGCUGAAGCCAUGCAGAAAGCCUCUGAUGCAACCCCGAGUGGAAUGUUAUCUGUAAUCAGUAGACCUCAAGCCAAUUACAAACAUGCCUGCCUUCAAGCUAGAGAACACUGUCUGUCUCUGGGAAUACAGAAUCCUGUUUGCUCCAUCGCAAACUACUUGUUUCCAGAUGGACGGGUCAUCGCUGGGCAUUUUGAGGCAUUAGACUUCCUCCAGAAGAACUCGAAGCAGCUGCACUUUGCUCGGACAAGGCUGCUGCCGGUGAGCGGAGCUUUUCACACACCACUCAUGGAGCCGGCCGUGCAGCCUGUAGUCGAUGUGCUACGGCAGUUAAAAGUGCGUCGCCCUGAGGUUGCGAUUCACUCCAACGUUGACGGAAAGCGUUACAUGCAUGAAAAACAUGUGCAUCGGCAGCUGGCCAAACAGCUGGUGUCACCGGUGAAGUGGGAGCAGACGCUGCAUGAGAUUUAUCAACGGACUCAGGGGCAGGAGUUUCCUCACACCUAUGAGGUGGGACCUGGGAAACAACUAGGGGCAACACUGCAAAAGUGCAACAUGAAGGCAUUUAGGAACUACACACACAUUGACGUGGUACUUCCACAAGAUGAUUGAGAGAUGUUUAGGAAAUGGCUGCUUAAUUCAACUUUAAUAAGAUCAUGUUGCUAGGUUUCCAGACUUCACUGACAAUUUUUGUUAGCUUACACUUUUUGUAUCGUUAUAGGAUUAUAA